AUGGAUGCAUUACCGAGUGCUACAAUUACAAAUCCACGAGAGCAUAAUAAUGUGAGUGAUGUAACCACAAGGAGUGGUAAAUCGAAAGAAGUCUCUGAGAAAGAUGACGACCAAGAAGACCAAUUGCUUGAAGUUGAGUUGGAAAUAAAAGAAAAUGAGGUUGUGAGUGAAGAGGUGGUGGUUCCUAAACUGGUGGUUAAAGAAAAAGUUAGUGAAUCAAAUCCGGUUGUCAAACUCCCUUUCCCCACAAGAAAUAAGAAGAAAGAGCAACAUGAGAAGAACUUCGAGAAAUUCUUGGAGAUGUUCAAAAAGCUUGAGAUUAACAUUCCAUUCUUGGAGGAACUUGAACAAAUGCCCUCUUAUGCCAAAUUUAUGAAGGAUAUCAUUUCAAAAAAGUGGAGCACCGACACUGACCCUAUUGUACUAACCGAAACUUGUAGUGCAAUUUUGCUGGGUAUGAAGAUUCCGGUGAAGAAGAAAGAUCGAGGCUCGGUACUAUCCUUUGCACUAUUGGGGAUAGAUCUUUCAAAAAGGCCCUUAUAG